AUGGAGGAUGAACCCGAAAUCAGACGCAAAGUCAUUGCCGAUCGGGAGGAUGAAUAUCAUGCCCAGAGACUUAAAGCUGUACUCUCGCCGAAUCGUGUAGAUCCUUUUAAGUCUGGUGAUCAAACCCCGGACCCAAGGCUUAGUACUUACAGGGAUGUCAUGCUCAAUCAAAAGCUUACGCAAGAACAGCGGGCCCUGCGGGCUGAGAUUGCUGCAAAGGCAAAAGCGGGUGAACUAAAGGUUGUAGAAGCAGCUCCUCCCAUUAAACGUCGCCGAUGGGACCAGCCGUCAGCUGACAGUAAUGGCACUGCAGCCAAGGACCUGGAGUUGAAGCGAUGGGAUGACGCAGCUACGCCGAUUCAGCCUUCAGCUACCCCAGGUAGUGCUGCUACCCCUGGUAGUCGUCAAUGGGAAGAAACUCCCGGGAGGCCCCGCGAUUCCGGCGCAACUCCAGGUGUGCGCCAGUGGACUGAAACGCCUGCGUAUGUCCCAAGUGCAGCAACACCUGGCCGAGAUACACUGGCGGGUACACCGAGCACUAGGAAAAACCGCUGGGAUGAAACACCUCAUUCGGAGCGUUACGGAUCUGACACACCGGGCCAUGGUGCUGGGUGGGCGGAGACUCCACGGGCAGAUCAGACACCAGGUGGGGUUAACUCUAUUCAGGACACCCCUUCUUCUAAUUACAAGAUAUUUGGUCAAACUCCUAACACUGCUGCUGCUGUUAUGGCCAAACGUAAAUCGCGCUGGGAUGAGACUCCAAUGAAAGCUGGUUCUACCCCAAGCGCUGGUGCUACGCCCAGUCUUGCAACUCCUAGUGGGUUCACACCAGCUAUCGGUACGCCUGGCAUGGGAACGCCUGGUCUCGGAUUUACUCCGUCUGGUGCUACCCCUACUGGGCCAAAGGCAAUGUCCAUGGCGACUCCAGCAUUUGGCUUUGCUAGUACCAUCCCGGGUACCGGCAUACCCAUGACACCAGAACAGAUGCGGGCUGUGCAGUGGCAGCAGGAGAUUGACGAUCGCAAUCGUCCACUGACUGACGAGGAGCUGGACGAGAUGCUUCCUCCAGGCUACAAAAUCUUGCCUCCUCCUGCUGGGUAUGUACCCCUGCGCACGCCGACUCGGCGUCUUUUGGCUACACCCACUCCCAUCGCUGGAACUCCAUUCGGAUUUCGAAUGACUACUCCUGACGUAGGCACAGCAGCAGGCCUUGGGUCAGCUGCGACUGGAGGAAAUGCAGCUGCGUUGGGAGACUUACAGCCAAAGGGAAAUAAUUUGCCCAUGAUGCGUCCUGAUGAUUUGCAGUAUUUUGAUAAGCUUCUUCAAGAUGUAGAUGAAGAUAGUUUGCCGCCGGAGGAAGCAACAGAAAGGAAGAUCAUGACGCUGUUGCUAAAAAUAAAAAACGGCACGCCACCGAUGCGAAAAUCUGCUCUGCGUCAAAUUACAGACAAAGCAAGAGAGUUUGGUGCCGGUCCUCUCUUCACCCAAAUCCUUCCUCUCCUCAUGUCACCAACUUUGGAAGAUCAAGAAAGGCAUUUGUUGGUUAAAGUCAUCGAUCGGAUACUGUACAAACUGGAUGAUUUAGUUCGUCCUUAUGUGCAUAAAAUCCUGGUAGUUAUUGAACCCCUGCUUAUCGAUGAAGACUAUUACGCUCGUGUGGAAGGUCGUGAAAUUAUCUCAAAUCUAGCCAAGGCGGCAGGUUUAGCAACCAUGAUUUCAACCAUGCGUCCCGAUAUUGACAACGUAGAUGAGUAUGUGCGCAAUACCACUGCUCGUGCCUUUGCAGUUGUAGCUUCUGCCUUGGGUAUCCCAAGUCUUCUCCCGUUUUUGAAGGCUGUCUGCAAAUCGAAAAAGUCAUGGCAGGCACGACACACCGGCAUUAAAAUUGUGCAACAAAUAUCUAUUUUAAUGGGAUGCGCUAUCUUGCCCCAUCUGCGUUCUCUUGUGGAAAUCAUCGAGCAUGGUCUUGUUGACGAACAGCAGAAGGUCCGCACUAUCACCGCUCUCGCGCUUGCUGCGUUAGCUGAAGCUGCGACGCCAUACGGUAUUGAAUCCUUCGAUUCUGUUCUUAAACCACUUUGGAAAGGAAUUCGUAGUCACCGUGGAAAGGGUCUUGCUGCCUUUCUGAAGGCCAUCGGUUACUUGAUCCCUUUGAUGGACGCCGAGUACGCCAACUAUUACACGAGAGAAGUUAUGCUAGUACUUAUCCGAGAAUUUCCAUCGCCCGACGAAGAAAUGAAGAAAAUCGUCCUUAAAGUGGUGAAACAGUGCUGCGCCACCGAGGGCGUUGAGCCAGAUUACAUUCGAAAUGAGAUCUUACCGCCUUUCUUUAGACACUUUUGGAAUCAGCGCAUGGCUCUUGAUCGGCGCAACUACCGACCGCUUGUGGACACGACCGUGGAGAUCGCUACGAAAGUCGGAGCUACUGAGAUUAUUACACGCAUUGUUGACGACCUGAAAGAUGAAUCAGAGCAGUAUCGUAAGAUGGUUAUGGAAACUAUUGAAAAGGUCAUGUCCGCUCUGGGUAGCGACGAAAUCGAUGCGAGACUGGAAGAACAACUGAUCGAUGGCAUUCUCUACGCUUUUCAGGAACAGACAACCGAGGCAAGUUUCCCUGCAUUUCCUCUAAAUCUGUAUUACCAUGAUGCUGUGUUGUUGACGGGCUUCGGUACUGUGGUGCAGGCGUUGGGCAAACGUGUAAAGCCCUACCUCCCGCAGAUCUGUGGAACUAUUCUUUGGCGUCUCAACAACAAAUCAGCAAAGGUCCGUCAGCAGGCGGCUGACCUGAUCAGCAGGAUUGCUGGCGUCAUGAAGGUGUGUCAGGAGGAGAAACUUAUGGGCCAUCUUGGUGUAGUGUUGUACGAGUAUUUAGGUGAGGAGUACCCCGAGGUUUUAGGUUCGAUUCUGGGUGCACUUAAAAGCAUCGUCAACGUAAUUGGUAUGACCAAGAUGACUCCACCCAUCAAGGAGCUCCUACCACGUCUCACGCCCAUUCUGAAGAAUCGUCACGAAAAGGUGGAAGAGAAUUGCAUCGACUUAGUUGGCAGGAUAGCCGAUCGUGGGUCCGAAUAUGUGUCCUCACGUGAGUGGAUGCGGAUCUGUUUCGAACUGUUGGAACUCAUCAAGGCACACAAGAAAUCGAUUCGCCGUGCCACUGUCAACACGUUCGGUUACAUUGCGAAAGCCAUUGGUCCACACGAUGUCCUUGCCACCCUCCUUAAUAAUUUGAAGGUGCAAGAACGUCAGAACCGCGUCUGUACGACAGUCGCCAUCGCAAUCGUCGCUGAGACCUGCUCCCCCUUCACAGUCUUACCUGGUUUAAUGAAUGAAUACCGGGUUCCAGAGCUUAACGUGCAGAAUGGCGUGCUCAAGUCGCUCGCCUUCAUGUUUGAAUACAUAGGCGAGAUGAGCAAAGACUACAUAUAUGCCGUUACGCCACUCCUAGAAGAUGCACUAAUGGACAGGGACCUGGUCCACCGGCAGACUGCGAUGUCUGCAGUCGGGCAUAUGGCACUGGGCGUAUACGGUUUUGGUUGUGAAGACGCCUUAAUCCACCUGCUCAACUACGUCUGGCCCAAUGUCUUUGAGACCUCACCCCAUGUUGUUCAGGCAUUCAUGGCCGCCAUCGAAGGUUUCAGAGUUGCCCUAGGACCCAACAAAAUCAUACAAUAUGUUCUGCAAGGUCUUUUCCAUCCGGCUCGCAAGGUGCGCGACAUGAUGUGGAAGGUGUACAACACAGUUUAUAUUGGAAACCAGGAUGGUUUGGUGUAUGGAUUUCCUCGGAUAAAAGAUGAAGAGAAAAAUUCCUACUUGAGGCACGAACUUGACUACAUCCUCUAA